CCAGGAUUUCUCUCUUCCUAUUUCAGGAGGACUCUCACAGGCUCCCUCAGCCUGUGUGAAGCUGAGGUUUCCCCUAGACCCCGUAUAUCCCCAACACAUACCUCCACGCACACGCAGCCCCAAGAACCCAGCGCUCACACCGACACACACUCGCGCGCGCACACCCCCGCGGUCGCCUGUCCAUCUCCCUCCCGGGAGAGCCGGCGCGCGUCCCCACCUUCGCCGCACACUCCCGCGAGCCGAGCUCGCCGCGCGCUAGAUAAUUCUGCGGCUCGGAACUCGGAUCGCAGCUCUCAACCCCCAUGGUGGUUUUCUAAACAUUUCUUUUCCUCCUCUUUCUCGUUUUUAUUGCACCGUUUUCGGUCUGGGGGGCCAGAGGAUCAAGGCGGGUGCUUUCCCAGCCAGCCCUGGUUGGCUUGCCAUCCUCCAUCAGGCAUAUAAAAGUUUGCUGAGCAUAGUCCAGAGGGCUGCGCUGCUCGUCCCCUCGGCUGGCGGAAGGGGGUGACGCUGGGCAGCGGCGAGCAGCGCGCCGCCGGCUCUGGCGGGCUUUCGGCUUGAGGGGCAAGGUGAAGAGCGCACGGGUCCCGGGGUUCACCGAGCUGGAUUUGCAUGUUGCACCAUGCCUUCUUGGAUCGGGGCUGUGAUUCUUCCCCUCUCCGGGCUGCUGCUGUCCCUCCCGGCCGGCGCGGAUGUGAAGGCUCGGAGCUGCGGCGAGGUCCGCCAGGCGUACGGUGCCAAGGGAUUCAGCCUGGCGGACAUCCCCUACCAGGAGAUCGCAGGGGAACACUUAAGAAUCUGUCCUCAGGAGUACACGUGCUGCACCACGGAAAUGGAAGACAAGCUAAGCCAGCAAAGCAAACUGGAGUUUGAAAACCUGGUGGAGGAGACGAGUCACUUUGUGCGCACCACUUUCGUGUCCAGGCACAAGAAAUUUGACGAAUUUUUCCGAGAGCUUCUGGAAAAUGCAGAGAAGUCACUAAAUGAUAUGUUUGUACGGACCUAUGGCAUGCUGUACAUGCAGAAUUCGGAAGUGUUCCAGGACCUCUUCACAGAGCUAAAAAGAUACUACACCGGGGGCAAUGUGAAUCUGGAGGAGAUGCUCAAUGACUUCUGGGCUCGGCUCCUGGAACGAAUGUUUCAGCUUAUCAACCCACAGUAUCACUUCAGCGAGGACUACCUGGAGUGCGUGAGCAAAUACACAGACCAGCUGAAGCCAUUCGGAGAUGUUCCCCGGAAGCUGAAAAUUCAGGUCACUCGCGCCUUCAUUGCUGCUCGGACAUUUGUCCAGGGGCUGACCGUGGGCAGAGAAGUUGCAAAUCGAGUUUCCAAGGUGAGCCCGACCCCAGGCUGCAUCCGUGCGCUCAUGAAGAUGCUGUACUGCCCUUACUGUCGGGGACUCCCCACGGUGAGACCAUGCAACAACUACUGCCUCAAUGUCAUGAAGGGCUGCCUGGCAAAUCAGGCUGAUCUCGACACCGAGUGGAAUCUGUUUAUAGAUGCAAUGCUCUUGGUGGCAGAGCGACUGGAAGGACCAUUCAACAUUGAGUCGGUCAUGGACCCAAUAGAUGUCAAGAUCUCUGAAGCCAUCAUGAACAUGCAAGAGAACAGCAUGCAGGUGUCUGCAAAGGUCUUUCAGGGAUGUGGCCAACCCAAACCUGCUCCAGCCCUCAGAUCCGCUCGCUCAGCUCCCGAAAAUUUUAAUACACGGUUCAGGCCUUACAAUCCUGAGGAAAGACCAACCACUGCUGCAGGGACGAGCUUGGACCGGCUGGUCACAGACAUAAAAGAGAAACUGAAGCUCUCUAAAAAGGUCUGGUCAGCAUUGCCCUACACCAUCUGCAAGGACGAGAGUGUGACGGCGGGCACGUCCAACGAAGAGGAAUGUUGGAACGGGCACAGCAAAGCCAGAUACUUGCCUGAGAUCAUGAACGAUGGGCUGACCAACCAGAUCAACAACCCCGAGGUGGACGUGGACAUCACGCGGCCCGACACGUUCAUCAGGCAGCAGAUCAUGGCUCUCCGUGUGAUGACCAACAAAUUGAAGAACGCGUAUAACGGCAAUGACGUCAACUUCCAGGACACGAGUGAUGAAUCCAGCGGCUCAGGGAGUGGCAGUGGGUGCCUGGAUGAUGUGUGUCCUACGGAGUUUGAGUUUGUCACCACAGAGGCCCCGGCAGUGGAUCCUGACAGGAGAGAAGUAAACUCUUCUGCAGCCGAGCUGGGACACUCGCUCCUCUCAGGAUCUCUCGUCUGCAUCGCCCUGGCGUGGCAGAGACUGUGCAGAUAAUCCUGGGAUUUGGGUCAGAUGAAACUGCAUUUUAACUAUCUGAACGGCCAACUCACUUCUUUUCUUACACUCUUGGACAAUGGACCAUGCCACAAAAGCUUACCGUUUUCUAUGAGAAGAGAGCAGUACUGCACUAUGCCUCCCUUUUUGUUUUCCCAAAGAGUACUGGGUGCCAGACUGGGCUGCUUCCUCUUUCCUUCGGCUAUCAUCUGUGGGAAACUUGUUUAUUCUAGAGAAUUCUUACUCAAAUCUUUCGUACCAGGAGAUUUUCUUACCUUCAUUUGCUUUUAUGCUGCGGAAGUGAAGGAAUCUCACGUUGUGAGUUUUGGGUUUUUUUUUUUUCCCCAUUUAAAAAAAAAAAUAGGAAGAAAAUAAUUUUCCUUGCAAAAUCAGGCCAAACCCCAAGACAACUGCAUUUUCAACAAAGAAGCAAAUGGGAAAAAUAAAAGAGCUGUAACGCUGUAAGUUGGCAUUGCCAGCCAACUCCCAGUGUAAGCUUUUCUGUGACAAAUCACGUUUACAAAAUGCUUAUGCGGAGGUUUGAAAUUUUUUUUAAUGUAGUGAAAAUACACUGU